GUUGAAGCUUAGAGUUUCAGGAAGAAGAAGAUGGACACGGAAGCACAGAGGCUUCUAUGGGAAGGAGCGAUCCCGUUGCAGAUUCAUCUCCAUGAAUCCGAAGUCACGACCCUUCCUUCUCCCCCGCCCGCCCUCAUCUUAGCUCCUCGUCUAGGUUACCUACCACUGUUGGCCUCGCUCUUGAAGCCUUACUUCAGCACCGCCCUUCCUCCUGGUGUCGACACUCUCUGGUUCGACUACAAGGGCUUGCCCUUGAAAUGGUAUUUACCCACUGGAGUUCUGUUUGAUCUUCUAUGUGCAGAACCAGAGAGACCUUGGAAUCUUACGGUGCACUUUAGAGGAUAUCCAGGAAGCGUAUUGAUCCCUUGUGAAGGUGAAGAUAGCAUAAAGUGGAGCUUUAUCAACUCAUUGAAAGAGGCGGCAUAUAUAAUCAAUGGAAACUCUAAGAAUGUGAUGAACAUGUCUCAACCUGAUCAGGUGGAGCUCUGGCGCUCCAUCUUAAAUGGUAAUUUGGAAUCCUACAUACGGUUUUCUUCGAAACUUAAGCUUGGAGCAGUUGCAGAAGUGAACUCGAGCUUGCCAAGAUCCAGAUCGAGUGCAGGUGAAAUCGAAAUUUCUGGGCAGGGGAAGCAAGGUCGAAUUCCAGUUAGGUUAUAUGUUUGGAUUGUCAGUGAGGACUUUGAUGACUUAGAGGAUGCACCGUCGAUUGAUAGUUGGGACAGUGUUUCUUAUAUAAACCGGCCUGUUCAGAUACAAGGAGAAGGUAGAUGCUUCACAUUACACGAUGCAGUGAAAUGCCUUCUGCCAGAAUAUUUUGUAGAGGGAGUUGCUGAAUCAUUGACAGUAGGUGGUGAGGAAGAGCAAAGGGUUUUAUCUGAAGGCCUAAGUGGUGAAAAAAAUGCCAGGGAGGAAGUAGAAAAUUCAGGUGAUGACCAUGUAAAGGCUAGUUAUGAAUUUGAAGAGCCUGAAAUCAAGCUGGUUCGCAUACAAGGUAUUGAACCGAAACUGGAGAUACCAUUCUCUUGGGUGGCAAACAACUUAAUGCACCCUGACCAUUUCCUCCAUAUCUGUGUAUACCUUAAAGUAUCUCAAGUCAAUAGUACUAUGUCAUAGGUGGCUUUUCAAUCAUGUUGACAAUCUUAUGGGACAUAAAGAGUCAAUCUUCUGAUGAUGACUUUGAAAGGCAUUUACUGCAUAGCAAUUGUACAGAAGAACUUCAGUUGUCAAUACAUAGAUUUCGACUAUCCACUA